GCGGCGGCGGCCGAGGAGGAGGACCUGGACGAGGCGAGCCUGCUGUCCGAGCUGGUGGAGGCGGCCUCCUUCCUGCAGGUCACGUCCCUGCUGCAGCUGCUGCUGUCCCAGGUGCGGCUCACCAACUGCCUGGAGCUGUACCGCCUGGCGCAGGUGUACGGGCUGCCCGACCUGCAGGAGGCCUGCCUGCGCUUCAUGGUCGUCCACUUCCACGAGGUGCUGUGCCAGCCCCAGUUCCACCUCCUGGCCUCUCCUGCGCCAGCCCCCGGCGAUGGCAGCCUGAAGCAGAGGCUGAGGGAGGCCCGGAUGACCGGGACUCCGGUCCUCGUGGCCCUGGGGGAUUUCUUGGGGGGACCCUUGGCCCCUCACCCCUACCAGGGGGAGCCUCCGUCCAUGCUCAGGUAUGAGGAGAUGACGGAACGUUGGUUCCCGCUGGCCAACAACCUUCCUCCCGACCUGGUGAACGUCCGGGGUUACGGGUCUGCCAUCCUGGACAACUACCUCUUCAUCGUGGGCGGGUACAGGAUCACCAGCCAGGAGAUCUCCGCUGCGCAUUCCUACAACCCCAGCACCAACGAGUGGCUCCAGGUGGCCUCCAUGAACCAGAAGAGGUCUAACUUCAAACUUGUGGCCGUUAAUUCAAAACUCUAUGCCAUUGGUGGGCAGGUCGUUUCUAAUGUUGAGUGUUACAAUCCUGAGCAGGAUGCGUGGAAUUUUGUGGCACCCUUACCCAAUCCUCUGGCUGAGUUCUCUGCAUGUGAGUGUAAGGGGAAAAUUUAUGUCAUUGGAGGAUAUACGACCAAAGACCGGAACAUGAACAUCCUGCAGUACUGCCCCUCCUCCGACAUCUGGACCCUCUUUGAAACAUGUGACGUCCACAUUCGCAAGCAGCAGAUGGUGUCGGUGGAGGAGACGAUCUACAUCGUGGGAGGGUGUCUCCACGAACUGGGACCCAACCGGAGGAGCAGCCAGAGUGAGGACAUGCUCACCGUGCAGUCCUACAACACUGUCACCCGGCAGUGGCUCUACCUCAAGGAGAACACGUCCAAGUCGGGCCUCAACUUGACUUGUGCGCUGCAUAACGACGGCAUCUACAUCAUGAGCAGAGACGUGACCCUGUCGACCAGCUUGGAGCAUCGAGUUUUCCUCAAGUACAACAUCUUCGCAGAUAGUUGGGAAGCAUUUAGGCGUUUUCCGGCCUUUGGACAUAACUUGCUGGUUUCCUCUCUUUAUCUGCCUAAUAAAAAGGAAACAUGACUGAAUUGACUUAGUAUAUACAAGAAGCCUGGUUCAAGACAAAUAUAAAAUGUAGGGCCCCAUUUCCAAGGAGGCUGACUUAAUAGGUCACAUAUACAACAGCUGUAAAUAAGCUUACUUGAACUAAUUACUUGAAAACUUGUGGAGAAAAGAGACCAACAUUAUUAUUUUUUUAAUUAUUGGUUUUUAAAUUAUGGGAGCAAAUCCAUGAUCAUGUUUUCAUCCAGCUAUGAUAACCUUGGGCCAAUGACGAAAGCUGAUCAUUGAAAAGAAGAUUCAUUGUGUCUGCUUAGUAAAGGGCCAAAGUCAGUAAUUGGUGCGAAUGGUAGAGAUAAUUUUGAAAUCUGUUUUAUUUCGGUCACUUGAAAUAUCCUAAUACCUUAAGUGAAAGUGUGUUUUUUUUUUUUGGUUAUUAAUUUACUUGACAAACAUUUAUAUUAACACUAUUGUCUCCACCUUUCCCCCAGUUAUAACCA